CCGGGGCUACAUACAAACACACAACACAAACACGUCACACGGAAAGGGCGUGAUAGAAUAUCGCAAUGGGGAACUCCAAUUCAUCGCACGAACCCCUUGAACGGGGGUUCACUCGUGGAACGUAUGGAGACGUUAAAAAUACGAAAUCGGCCUCCUUCCGACAGAGCAAACGGUCGCCGAAGAAGAUGGAUCGGUUGCGAAAAUCGUUUCGUGAUUCGUUCCGGCGGCGCAAGGAUCGGGUACCGGAGGCUGCCAAGCCACACCAGUGGCAGUCGGAUGAGCAAGCGGUCCGUUCGGCAACCUGUACCUUUUCGGUGAAGUACCUCGGCUGCGUGGAGGUGUUCGAAUCUCGUGGCAUGCAGGUGUGCGAAGAAGCGUUAAAGGUGUUGCGCAACUCCCGGCGACGUGCAAUAAGGGCGCAGCUGCAUGUGAGCGGCGACGGGCUGCGAGUGGUCGAGGAUGACACCAAGGGGCUGAUCGUGGAUCAGACGAUCGAGAAAGUAUCGUUCUGCGCACCGGAUCGUAACCACGAGCGCGGCUUCAGCUACAUCUGCCGCGACGGUACUACGCGGCGGUGGAUGUGUCACGGGUUUCUGGCCAGCAAAGACUCGGGCGAACGGCUAUCGCAUGCCGUGGGCUGUGCGUUUGCCGUGUGCCUGGAGCGCAAGCAGCGGCGCGACAAGGAGUGUGGCGUGACGAUGACGUUCGACAUGAAAAAUUCAACCUUCACGCGCACUGGCUCUUUCCGCCAGCAGACGAUGACGGAACGAUUGACGGAUACGGCGGUGGUGGCUCCACAGCCAAACAGCAACGCUUCGAAACCGUACAAUCCGUUUGCGAUCGAGCGGCCGCACGCCACACCCUCGAUGCUGGAACGCCAGGGUAGUUUCCGGGGCUUCACACAGAUCGGGUCAGCUUCGCCCUUCAAACGGCAGAUGUCGCUGCGGAUAAACGAUCUUCCGUCCAAUGCCGAACGGCAGCGCGCAUUUCUCGAACCGGGCACACCGCAGCGCACCACCGUGUCGCCGAUUCCGGAGGUAUCGCCACAGCCCACGGACACCGUGAGCCAGCUGUGCCAGGAGCUGAGCCAGGGCCUGUCGCUGCUGACCAAAAACGAUACCGACGAUUUCUAUCUCAGCAAAGAGCUGCACAUCAAAUCGGCGGGCGCCGCCUCGACGGUGGCCACUACUACGAGCAUCACUUCCAGCGCGGCACUGGUAGCGACACCAUCGUCGUUCACCUCCUCCAAUGCAAUCGGCUACGUGUCCGGGCUGACGGCUACUAGAGCCGGGCUCGAAGCCAUCAUCCAACCGCCCUCGCUACAGUCGCUAGCCGUCGUACCGACCAUUCCGCCGCGCUCGAUCUCGCCACUGAACAGACAGCAAACGCCAACCAGCCUGUCCUCCAGCCUAGGUAACAACAUUGGUAGCAACAAUUCUGUCAACACCAUCACACUCAGCAGUAGCAGCAAUUACUCCUCCACUGCGACAGCCAUUGCAGCCCCCUCUGCCGCUACCACAGCCGCCGCCGCCACUAGCAGCAGUGUGGUGGUUCCGGUAGAAACCGUCUCUCCCUUGCCGAAGCCGGAGCAAUGGUUGGGACAGAUCGUGAAGAACGUGUCACCAUCGCCGAGGCGUGCGCCUUCGUUGCACAGCCGCGCCAAGUCGCUCAACGCUGGCGAUCCAUUCGACGCCGAAUGGGUGGCGGACGUGGCGAAGCCAGAAAUACAUAGCACGAAUCCGUUCAUUUCCCCACCGAAGCCACCGGCCCAAUCGUUCCAAGUGCACCUCUAAGUUUGGGCGAUUUGGGCAUGGGACCGUGCGCGGCGUGUGGGACUCGAAAAGAGACCGAUCGGAAGAACGACUCGCUCUUCCAUAUCUCUUGGUGCUUCAAUUGGUUUGCGUUUUCCUGUGGGAGUAGUCGUACGGUAGUUAAAUGAUGGUAUCUAAAUAAUUCGUUUGUUAUUUGUGCUUGUCCUUUCUGUGGCGCAGUGGUUGGUCACAGGAGGGGAAGCCAAAGGGGCGGCAGUAAGGUGGUAGCGCGGUUAAAAGAAAAGUCUGUAGAGAUGUAAAAGAUCAAUCAAAAAGCCUGUGGAGCAAAUGAAGGUGUUUUCCACUCGGAGGAAGGACGGAUCGAGCGUCAACGUUACUUGAAACACGGAGCACUGUACUUACACGCGAACGACACAUUCUCAGUAGCAUUUUUACUCUUGGAGCUUCUUCAGCCCGCGGGGGGAGCUCUCGUAGGGUUUUGCCCCGCUCGGAGCCGGUAGCUGUUAGAGCUGUUACUAUCGUUCGGAAGAGCGAAUGUGCUUAAACUCGUAAAUUUAUAUUCUUCUCAUUCUCAUGUUAGAAGCGGAAAUCUGAACCAUUUAAACGUUUAUUAUUUGUUAUGACGUUGGGAGGUACUUUAACCGUAUGAAUUCCAGAUGUAAUGAACUUGUUUAGUUCGUCUGUUUUAUACUAGCCGAAUGAACCGAAUGUUAGUAGCUGCACAUGCUGCGACAACAGGGGCGCACUCUAAAUGCUUCUCGGAACCCCACUCGAAUGCUUUCGUGUUAACGAACGGGCGGCAAUAGAAGCUCGGGUAGCUAUUCAUCGUUAGGCAAAAAGAAAACCAACAUACUUAAUCCCCCGUAGCCAAAAAUGAGUCAUGCACGAACACUGUCGUCUAUUGCUCUUGUCGCUGUCCAACCAUAGCCGCUACUAUUUUCAACACUAUAGAAAAUGGCAGCUGUUUUACUACUAUUACUCUGAAUCAGGGCAAAAUUAAUCCUACCGUGCGGCUUAUAAAGCUUUACCUACUUAGCCUAUAACCGUCUGUCUCUGGUCCGGUAUCGUUUUCGAUGUGUAUGAGGAAUGUCGAACCUCAGACGGGCGCUACUUAGUGUUUCUUGCCGUGCGUAGAUUGACACCGCGCUGCGUUAACUGCAAUCCAAACCGAUGGAACAAAGCAUAUAUUUUAGUAGGCAAUAGAUAAUAGUAUCACUGCACAAAGCCGCGGCGCAACUGAAUACAGAACUAAUGGCCCCUAGAAAAUGGCACCACUAGGAGGAAACGUUUAGCCCUUAAAGUAUGAAUCCUUUUAGAAACUGAUUGGAGAAGGUAGUAACGGCUCGCUAUCAGCAACAAUCCAACAAUAGAUACAUGCAUGUGGGCAUACGCAACACCACAAAACCACCACAAAAACGCUCGUUUAUCUUCACGAAGCAGACUUGUAAACCGAGAGCUGAAUGUGUUGCGAGCAAACGGAUGGAGGAAUUUGCAAAUGUUGGAGUAAAAUAGUGGGAAAACCGUAUUGUGAUUACUAAUAUAUACAUAUAUAUAUAUAUACACAUCCACAGCUUAAUAUUAAGGUAAUGAAACAAAGAAAACAGAUUAAAACAAAAAGCAACACCUAUUGUCGAAUUACCUAUCUAUUGCGUUUGAUGAAAGAAGUGAUAAUGUGUUGGUAGUGGAAAGUGGCCCUUCACCUAGGACGACGUCCCUUUGCUCUGCUGCUACAGAGAAGCCUAGA